CAGGCAUGCACAGCGCCCAGGCUAACCCCCUGUGUAAGACCCGCCGGCCCCGCACCGCCUUCACCAGCCAACAGCUUCUGGAGCUGGAGAAACACUUCAAGGAGAACAAGUACCUGUCCCGGCCCAAGCGCUUUGAAGUCGCCACUUCCUUGAUGCUGACAGAAACACAGGUGAAAAUUUGGUUCCAGAACAGACGAAUGAAAUGGAAGAGAAGCAAGAAGGCGAAGGAGGAGAUGUUGAAAGAAAAGGUACCGAAGCCUGACGUCACACCGAUAAAGUACAAUGACGAGGAAGGAAAGUCGGACAACUGGUCCGGCCCACAGGACCACAAGGAGCAUGCGCGAGGCGUGUCCGGGUCAACAGGCAACACCAACCCGUCAGGAGUUGCACACGGAGACACAGAGGCUUCUAGUUCCGCUACAGAUGACAGACUAAAUUUGGCGGAGAAAAUGGCUGCAGAAAUGAGGGCUGGGUCGGAAUUGUAAAUUUGGCAGUGUUGUAACGUGGCAUGUGUUAUCAUAUACGUACAAGGUCCUACCGUGUGUAUAUAUGGCGAAUGUAUAUAGUUAGAAUGGGCGGCUUUAAUCAAUCUAUUUAUUUCUAUCUAUUUAUUUAUUUCUAACUUGGAGAGUAGUGCGUAGCCCUGAUUUGCAUGAAGAGGCAAAUUAUUCAAAGUAUCACAAAUUCGUAAUAUGAAAAUAUAAUGUACAUGUAACGUGAGAAAA